CUGUCGGCGACUUCAUGGAAAUGGGGCGUUGGCAUGUUUGCGAUUAUAAACCCGAUCUGCGCUCUACCUCUCAUCAUCUUCAUGUUCAUCCUUGGGCGUCAGACCAAGUCACCAAGCCAGGAACGCGAGAAGCCAAGAUCUCCCUCUUGGGUCACCUCUAUUAAAACAUUCUUUCGGGAGCUUGAUGUCAUCGGCGUACUGCUCCUGACGGCUGCGCUGGCUAUGACAUUGAUCCCUCUCACGUUGGCAGGCGGACAGAGUGCCAAGUGGAAGGAUGCAGGUAUACUGACACCUCUCAUUAUCGGUCUCAUUCUCUUCCCAAUUUUCGUCAUAUGGAAACGGGAGGCAAGCCAUCCAAUGCUCCCGAUUCAUCUUCUCAAGCAUCGAACUGUUUGGGGCUGUCUCGGCAUCAGUACUAUCUUUCCUUUUGCCUUCAUGAUUAUCGGGAACUAUUUGUUCAGUCUACUCGUUGUCUCGUACAACUUCACCAUCAAAGAUGCUACCCGAGUGGCGUUACUCUACCGGUUCUGCGCCAUCGUCGUGGGGUCACUCCUGGGUCCCAUCGUCAUCAAGAUCCGACGCCUCAAAGAAGUCAUUCUCACGGGGAUUGCUCUUUGGUUCGUUGGAUUCGGAAUUAUCUACCACUUCCGAGGUGGUUCAGGGUCCAAAUCUGGAGUCAUCGGCGGAGAAGUCGUCGUCGGCAUUGGCGCUGGUCUUUUCUCAUGGCCCACGCUCGUACUCAUCCAGACCGUGGCUCAACACGAGUACAUUGGAGUCUUGAUAUCGCUCGUCUUUACUGCAAACGCAAUUGGCCAAGCACUCGGUAGCUGUGUGUCGGGUGCGAUGUGGACACAGACUCUAUUCAAAGAGCUUGAGAAGAACCUCGCACCAUUUGGUAACGAAACUCUGGCCUGGGCUGUCUACGCUUCGCCAUUGACUGUAGUGCCGAAAUAUCGUUUGGGAUCGCCCGAGAGAGAGGCGAUCGGCAUGAGCUAUCGAUAUAUCCAAAGAAACUUGAGCAUUGUCGCGAUGUGUCUUGUUGUACCGAUGCUUGUUCUUGGGUUAUGCCUACAUAAUCCUAUACUCUCGGAUAAACAGACCCAACUGGAUGACACCACCGAAUCUCCAAAGGAACAGAAGCAGAGUACUGGUAACUCAGCAUAGCGUUUUAAAGGCUAUCCUGAUCACCAGCUCUGGCACAGUAGCCGACACAGAAAAACAGGGGAAAGGCUCAGAAAUCUAUGUUAUGCAGACAAAUACCGACAACUAAGCUUAUUGAUAAUAAAGUAUUUCCAAGCAUGAUCUAUUGAUAAAGAAACAUUCGAUUCGGGCCUUAAUAAAGAG